AUGGACAACGAUGAUGAGAUGAUGGUGCAGUUGUUCACGAAGGAGCACAACGUUGAGGCUAUCCGGCGGCAACAUCAGCAGCUGAUUCUGACGAGCAUGUUGCGCGUUCGCCGGCCUUUCUUCGUCGUGCCUCGGUGCGGCGGCUCAAAGCCAGGGAGGAGGAACAUCAAUCGGCAUCGUCAAGCCGGCACAAUGCUGCUUGAUGUCGACUACUUCAACGACGACGCGACUCAUUCGCCGAAGGUAUUUCGGCGCCGGUUUAGGAUGAAGAAGGAGUUUUUCUUGAAGAUUGUCUACGGCGUCGGGGAGUACGACAAGUACUUCAUUGCCAAGCAAGAUUGCACAAGUUUGUGGGGAUUCACCUUAAUUCAGAAGUGCACUGCUGCAAUGCGCUAUCUUGCAUACAGAGCUCCUCCAGAUACAUUCAAUGACUACCUACGGAUGACAGAGUCGACAUGUAUAGAAACUCUCUACAGUGGAUCUACAAGGGGCAUCCUGGUGAGUGCAGUGUCAUUCUUGAGGCGGUGGUAG